AUGAGUGCGAUGGUUCUGCGCCUAAAAAAGGCGGGCAUCGACACGGAAGUCUUGCAGGUGCUUCCCACCCCCUCCAACCCUCGUUCCCCCUCUCCUGCUUGCUUCCCACCCCCUCCAACCCUCGUUCCCCCUCUCCUGCUUGCUUCCCACCCCCUCCAACCCUCGUUCCCCCUCUCCUGCUUCCUUCCCACCCCCUCCAACCCUCGUUCCCCCUCUCUUGCUUGCUUCCCACCCCCUCCAACCCUCGUUCCCCCUCUCCUGCUUGCUUCCCACCCCCUCCAACCCUCGUUCCCCCUCUCCUGCUUGCUUCCCACCCCCUCCAACCCUCGUUCCCCCUCUCCUGCUUGCUUCCCACCCCCUCCAACCCUCGUUCCCCCUCUCCUGCUUGCUUCCCACCCCCUCCAACCCUCGUUCCCCCUCUCCUGCUUCCUUCCCACCCCCUCCAACCCUCGUUCCACCUCUCCAGCUUGCUUCCCACCCCCUCCAACCCUCGUUCCCCCUCUCCUGCUUGCUUCCCACCCCCUCCAACCCUCGUUCCCCCUCUCCUGCUUGCUUCCCACCCCCUCCAACCCUCGUUCCCCCUCUCCUGCUUGCUUCCCACCCCCUCCAACCCUCGUUCCCCCUCUCCUGCUUGCUUCCCACCCCCUCCAACCCUCGUUCCCCCUCUCCUGCUUGCUUCCCACCCCCUCCAACCCUCGUUCCCCCUCUCCUGCUUGCUUCCCACCCCCUCCAACCCUCGUUCCCCCUCUCCUGCUUGCUUCCCACCCCCUCCAACCCUCGUUCCCCCUCUCCUGCUUGCUUCCCACCCCCUCCAACCCUCGUUCCCCCUCUCCUGCUUGCUUCCCACCCCCUCCAACCCUCGUUCCCCCUCUCCUGCUUGCUUCCCACCCCCUCCAACCCUCGUUCCCCCUCUCCUGCUUCCUUCCCACCCCCUCCAACCCUCGUUCCCCCUCUCCUGCUUGCUUCCCACCCCCUCCAACCCUCGUUCCCCCUCUCCUGCUUGCUUCCCACCCCCUCCAACCCUCGUUCCCCCUCUCCAGUUUCCUUCCCACCCCCUCCCAACCCUCGUUCCCCCUCUCCAGCUUGCUUUCCACCCAAUCCUUGGCCAAUUCCCCCUUUUCCUUAUGCUCUCCACCCCCUCUUUCCCUGCUUUCCCAUUUGCUUUUCGCUCAUGGGCCCCCCUGUGAUGCAAGGCUCCAUGGACGACCUCUCGUGUCUCGCCCCACUCACUCGCCUCAAGGACCUGUACGCUGUGCAUCCUCCCUACCCGCUUUUCUCUUUCCCACGUCUAAUUCAUUCGUGCCCGCCCUCGCCCCCCACCCCCCCCCCCCCCCCUCCCCUUUCUCGCACUCAUCUCUGCCCGCCCUCCCCUCCCCUCUCACUCAUCCGUAUCCACCUUCAACUUCCUCUCACUCAUUCCUACCCACCUUCCCCUCCCCUCUCACUCAUCCCUACUUGCCUUGCCCUCCCCUCUCACUCAUCCCUACCUGCCUGCCUCUACCCUCUCACUCACCCCUACCUGCCUUCCGCUCCCCUCUCACUCAUCCCUACCUGCCCAUCUCCUCCUACUCUGCCAACACUGCUCCUAUUCAUUGCGCAAUGGUCAGUCCAGCAGCAUAG